AUGAACAGACAAGUCUGCAAGAAAUCCUUUGGUGGUGGCAGCAAGGGCUUCUCUGGCCACUCGGCUGUGGUCUCUGGAGGCAGCAGCAGGAUGAGCUGCGUGGCCCGCUCCAGGGCAGCUGGUGGAGGGGCCUGUGGGGCCCGCGGUGGUGCAGGUGGCUUUGGCAGUCAAAGCCUCUACAACCUGGGUGGCACUAAGAGCAUCUCCAUCAGUGUGGCUGGCGGCUCUCGGACUGGUGGCUUUGGGGGAGGCCGGAGCAGCUGUGUCAGUGGUUUUGGUGGGGGCUAUGGAGGAGGUUAUGGAGGGGGCUUUGGAGGGGGCUUUGGUGGUGGCAGAGGAAUGGGAGGGGGCUUUGGUGGUUCUGGUGGCUUUGGUGGUCCUGGUGGCUUUGGCGGUCCUGGUGGCUUUGGAGGUCCUGGUGGCUUCCCUGGGGGGAUCCAGGAAGUGACUGUCAACCAGAGCCUGCUGCAGCCUCUGAAUGUGGAGAUUGACCCUCAGAUUGGGCAAGUGAAGACCCAGGAGCGUGAACAAAUCAAGACCCUCAACAACAAGUUUGCCUCCUUCAUAGACAAGGUUCGCUUCCUGGAGCAGCAGAAUAAGGUCCUGGAGACCAAGUGGGAGCUGCUGCAGCAGCAGGGCACUGGCUCUACUACUGGAACCAACAAUCUGGAGCCGUUCUUUGAAUCCUACAUCAGCUUCCUACGAAGGCAGCUUGACCAGGCUGUAGGGGAGAGGAGUAACCUGGAGUCCGAGCUGAAGAAUAUGCAGGACCUGGUGGAAGAUUUCAAAAAGAAGUAUGAAGAUGAGAUCAACAAACGUACUGCUGCAGAGAAUGAGUUUGUGGCACUUAAAAAGGAUGUGGAUUCAACUUACAUGAAUAAGGUAGAGCUGCAGGCCAGGGUGGACAACCUAACAGAUGAGCUCAACUUCCUGAGGACCCUCUAUGAAAUGGAAUUGGCCCAGAUGCAGCGCCAUGUUAGUGACACAUCUGUGGUCCUGUCCAUGGACAACAACCGCUUCCUCGACCUAGACAGCAUCAUUGCUGAGGUCAAGGCCCAAUAUGAGGAGAUUGCCCAGAGGAGCAAAGCUGAGGCUGAGGCCCUGUACCAAACCAAGCUUGGGGAGCUGCAGUCCAUGGCAGGUAAACAUGGGGACGAUCUGAAAAAUACCAAGAGUGAGAUCAUGGAGCUAAACAGAAUGAUCCAGAGGCUGCGAGCUGAGAUUGAGAAUAUCAAGAAGCAGAAUACCACUUUGCAGGCCGCCAUCGCAGAAGCAGAACAACGUGGGGAGCUGGCCCUCAAGGAUGCCGAUGCCAAGCUCCAAGGUUUGCAGGCUGCCCUGCAGAAAGCCAAGGAUGAUCUGGCUAGGCUGCUGCGUGACUACCAGGAGCUGAUGAACGUGAAGCUGGCCCUGGACGUUGAGAUUGCCACCUACAGGAAGCUGCUGGAGGGAGAGGAGUGCAGGAUGUCUGGAGAGUGUCAGAGUGCGGUGUGCAUUUCUGUGGUCAGCAACGUCUCCAGCACCAGUGGCAGUGCAGGUGGAAGUCGAGGAGGCUUUGGAGGGGUCAGUGGAGGUAGCAGCGGCAGCUACAGAGGCAGUGGCAGCAGUGGUGGUAGAGGCAACAGCGGUGGCUAUGGCGGUACCAGCGGUAGCAGCAGCGGUGGCAGCUAUGGCAGCAGCAGCGGCGGUGGCUAUGGAGGUGUGAGCAGCAGUAGCAGUGGAGGCCGGGGUGGCAGCGGAGGCUUCCAGAACAGCAGCAGCGGGAGCAGGCUGGGAAGCGGAGGCAGUAGCUCUACCAACCAGAGCAGCAAGGGCUCUGCCUCUGGGGGCAUCCAGACCUCAGGAAGCAGUGGCUACAAAUCUGGCAGUGGUGGCAGCAGCGGUGUCUACUUCUCCCAGACCCCCAGCUCCAGCCAGCACAGCUCCAAGUAA